CCACACCUAGAGCUUCAUUCUUCUGAACGGAAAAGCCAAGCAAGGUUGAAGAGGCAGAUCAAGCGAGCUCUAAUAGUUUUCAUGGAUAUGGAGCAGGGCUGCAAGACGGCUCACGGGUGGGCUGCCAGGGAUGCCUCCGGCCACCUCUCCCCUUACAGCUUCUCAGCAAGGAUUCAGGGGGACGCCGACGUGACGAUCAAGGUGCUCUUCUGUGGCAUCUGCCACACGGACCUCCACGUCAUCAAGAACGAGUGGGGCAACGCAAUGUACCCCGUCGUCCCAGGGCACGAGGUCGUCGGCGUCGUCACGGACGUCGGCCAUGGCGUCACCAAGUUCAAGGCUGGGGACACGGUGGGCGUGGGCUACUUCGUCGACUCCUGCCGGACCUGCGAGAGCUGCAGCACGGGGCACGAGAACUACUGCCCUGACCUCGUCCUCACCUCCAACGGCGUGGACCACCACCACCACGGCGCCACCACCAAGGGAGGCUUCUCCGACGUGCUCGUCGUCAGCCAGGACUUCGUCGUCCGCGUCCCGGAGAGCCUCCCUCUCGACGGCGCCGCGCCGCUGCUCUGCGCCGGGGUCACCGUGUACAGCCCCAUGGCGCAGUACGCGCUCAACGAGCCCGGCAAGCACCUCGGCGUCGUCGGUCUCGGUGGCCUAGGCCACAUGGCCGUCAAGUUCGCCAAGGCGUUCGGCAUGACGGUCACCGUCAUCAGCUCGUCGCCCGGCAAGCGCGACGAGGCGCUCGGACGCCUUGGCGCCGACGCGUUCUUGGUCAGCCACGACGCCGCGCAAAUGAAGGCAGCAGCGGCCACGUUGGACGGCAUCAUCGACACGGUGUCAGCGGGGCACCAGAUCGUGCCGCUGCUGGCGCUACUGAAGCCCAUGGGGCAGAUGGUGGUCGUCGGCGCGCCAAGCACGCCGCUGGAGCUGCCGGCGUACGCCAUCAUCACCGGCGGGAAGCGGGUGGCCGGGAACGGCGUGGGGAGUGUCGCCGACUGCCAGGCGAUGCUGGACUUCGCAGGAGAGCAUGGCGUCACCGCUGACAUUGAGGUGGUGCAGAUGGACUACGUCAACACAGCGAUCGAGCGGCUCGAGAAGAACGAUGUGAGGUAUCGCUUCGUCAUUGACGUCGCGGGCAGCAAGAUGGAGGAGACCGUUGCUUAAUUAGGUGCCCGGAUGCGGCGCGGUUCGAGUCAUUGUCGUGUGAAAUCGUUUGCUCGUGUCGUGUCUUUUUUGGGGGGUCCACGCAAGUCAAUAAACUAGGCAGAACACUGGGGCCACAUGUUCUGCACUUCUGCUAUUCAAUGCUUAUGUACGUUUAAAUUUUGAAAUGUGAUUGAGAUUUGAGAAAGAGGAUGCUUAAAAA